CUACAGUUUCUGCUCUUCUUAUAUAUACAACAGUUAAACAAGGUCUCCCUGAGGACAUCUUUGAUUGGAGAAGAGUGGCCUAGUCCCAGACACAGAUCUCAGUCUCCUGACCUGACUGAAAAAUCCAGUUGUCAUAAUAAGCUAUUCCUGGAUUUCAGCACUGGGGAAACCAAUCUAUGCACCAAAAAUGUCUAAAGCUGGAACCAAGAUUACUUUCUUUGAAGACAAAAACUUUCAAGGCCGCCACUAUGACAGCGAUUGCGACUGUGCAGAUUUCCACAUGUACUUGAGUCGCUGCAACUCCAUUAGAGUGGAAGGAGGCACCUGGGCUGUGUAUGAAAGGCCCAACUUUGCUGGGUACAUGUACAUCCUACCCCGGGGCGACUACUCUGAGUACCAGCACUGGAUGGGCCUCAAUGACCGUCUCAGCUCCUGCAGGGCUGUCCACCUGUCUAGUGGAGGCCAGUAUAAGAUUCAGAUCUUUGAGAAAGGGGAUUUUAAUGGUCAGAUGUAUGAAACCACUGAAGACUGCCCUUCCAUCAUGGAGCAGUUUCACAUGCGAGAGGUCCACUCCUGUAAGGUGCUGGAGGGCGCGUGGAUCUUCUACGAGCUGCCCAACUACCGUGGCAGGCAGUACCUCCUGGACAAGAAGGAGUACCGGAAGCCCAUCGACUGGGGCGCAGCUUCCCCAGCUGUCCAGUCUUUCCGCCGCAUUGUGGAGUGAUGAUACGGAUGCAGCCAUAAGCUUCUUCCUGGGGCCAAAUGCUGGCUGGCCUUGUCGUCCAAAUAAGCAUCAUAAAUAAAAACAAUUGGCGUGCA